AUGAGGGAAGCUAUUGCUGGUCCAUAUUUGGGGCUGUUCAAUUUAUCAAACAAUGGCCUGCCUACAAAUCAUAUCCUAGCAGUUGAGCUUCACACUGUACAAAGCCCCGAAUUUAAGGAUAUAAAUGGAAAUCAUGUGGGAGUCGAUAUGAACAGCUUGAAGUCUAAUGAAUCUACUGCAGCUAGCAGAGCUACUGUAGUUGUGCUAAUAACAAUUGGUGUAGCCGUUUACAUUGUGAGGAAGAAGAAAUAUGAAGAAGUAAAUGAAGACUGGGAAAAAGAAUAUGGUCCUCAUAGGAUCUCCUAUAAGAUUCUUUACAAAACAACCAAAGGUUUCAAAGACAAAGAGCUCAUCGGACAAGGAGAUUUUGGAAAGAGGUUCCAGAUUAUCAGAGUAGCUUAUGGCCUUCUUUACCUUCAUGAAGAGUGGGAACAAAUUGUUUUGCGUAUAGACAUAAAGCCUGCUAAUGUUCUUUUAGAUGUCGAUCUAAAUGGGAAGUUGGGAGAUUUUGGCCUCGCUAGAUUAUAUGAUCAAGGCAGCGACCCACAAACCACCAACCUGGUAGGAACCAUAGGUUAUCUGGCUCUAGAGCUUUUUAAAACUGGAAAAGCAACUACUAGCACAGAUGUAUUUGCUUUUGGAGCUUUUAUGCUCGAGGUUGCUUGUGAAAGGAGGCCUAUGGCUAUGGAGCCUAGUAAAAAAGAUUUGGCUGAUUGGGUCACAGAUUUCUUGAAAAGAGGAGCUAUUAUUGAUGCUAGUGACCCUAGAUUGGAAGGUAUAUACAUUGAGGAGCAAAUGGAAUUGGUUUUGAAACUAGGCAUCUAUUGUUCAGACUCUAACCCAUAA